AUGCGUUUCUCUGUCGUCUUCACUGCUCUCUCGGCAAUCGCCUUGGUCCAAGCCCAGAGCACCACUGAGUCGGUUGAUGAGCACCCUGCCACCAAAUUCUUGACUGAGACCAACUCCCUCGGUGUUGUGACCGGCCAGCCUUCAGUCAUCACCAGCCAACCCAGUGCCGUGACCUCGCAGCAGCCUGCUGCCUCCAUUCCCGCCGGCCUGACCUCGCCCGUCGCCGGCCCCAACGCCACUCACAGCAGUGACAGCACUGUCUCCACCGCCACUAGCACCGCCACAAACACCUUUACCGGAACCAUGACCAGCGGCACUGGAACCGCGAAGACUACCUUCACCACUACUGGUACUCGCACUAGCACCAGCACUGGCACUGGGUCCUUUGACUCCAGCAAAGCUGUCUCUAGCUCGUCCGCUGCAGCUACCAGUUCCUCCACCGGUGGUGCCGCCAUGGCGACUGCUGGCCCCGUCGGCCUCGGCAUGGUUGCCGGUGCUGCUAUCGCUGCUUUCCUGUAA